GCCAGCGCCAUGGGCUCCUCCCGCCGGGCCCUCGCUGGCCUCUACGGACGGGCAACGGGCACCGUGGAGGGGGCAGAGGAGGCUGAGAGCGCGGCCUGGGCCUCCCGGCCGGACCGGCGCAGCUACCUGCUGGGCAUCCGGCCCCAGAACAGCUUAUCAAGCAGCAGAUUCUCUCCCUCCAGCUUAGGAAGGAGCACCUUCUGUGCCAUCAUCUCGCAGCUGACCGAGGAGACUCAGCCCCUCUUCGAGAGCACCAUCCAGUCGCGCGCAGUGUCCGAGCACGCCGACGCCAAGUUCACCUGUGUGGUGACAGGGUUCCCGCAGCCGGAGGUGACGUGGUACAAGGACGAUGAGGAGAUGGAUCGCUACUGCGGCCUGCCCAAGUACCAGAUCUUCCGCCACGGCAACCGCCACACGCUGCAGCUCUACAAGUGCCGAGAAGAAGACGCAGGCAUUUACCAGGCUUCAGCCAGGAACACCAAAGGCAUUGUGUCCUGCUCGGGCGUGCUGGAGGUGGGCACCAUGACAGAGUUCAAGAUCCACCAGAGGUGGUUUGACAAAAUCAAGAGGAAAGCGGAGGAAAAGCUGCGAGAGAUAGAACAGGGCAAGAAGCGAGAGAAGGAGGACGUGGAGGUGGAGAGGCUGCAGGGGAUGAGCCCUGACCGUCUGCAGAGGAAGCGGAGGCUGGCCUGGGAUCGGAGUGCCCGCUCUGGGGCCCCGGCCUGGGAGGAGGAGGAUGCAGCGAAGGUGCACGUGGCCGAUUCUCGGUCCAGGCUGCAGGAGGACAUUGCUGAGCUGCAGGAGCAGCCAGCCCAGGUGAGGACAGGCUUCUCAAACAAGCUGGUGGCACCGCUGGAGCCCGAGGUGACUGCCAACGGAGACGCCUCCCUGGAGAGCGUGGAGGAGGGUGGGCACAGCUUCCUCCAGUACAUGUAUGAGACAGUGGAGGGCCUGGCCGCCCAGCUGGGGCCGAAGGACUCUGCAGCCAAGAAGAAGAAGAAGAAGGUGGAGGCUGCUCCAGCAGCAAAGCUGGAAGCUGACACGCGAGAAGAAGGUGGCAGGGAGAGAGCCCAGCCCGCCCCAAACCCACGGUUUGGCCCCGCAGUCGCCUCACACCGCAGCACACGGCCCAGGGCAGCCAGCGAGGCGGAAAGCAGCACCAAAGCCAUGGAGCCUGGACACGCUGCAGAGCAGUGCACCACGGCCCAGGGCACCGCAGCCCAGGGCACCACAGCUCAGGGCACCAUGGCCCAGGGCACCCUGCACUUCUCCUUGAAGGAGAUGUUCUUUGAUAAGCAAGGGAAGGCAUCGGGGCAGCAGCAGCAGCAGGAGGAGGCAGCCGAGGAAGAGGCUGCCAGUAAGCCUGUCCUACAGCCUGCCACAGCCAGCAGGCACCCAGAGGAUGCGGCAUCAGCCUCAGAGAGGGUGCAGGAGGCACCUGUGCCACCCCAGGAAUGCAGAGGCCGGCACCACACACAUGAGCUGGAGGCAAACAGAGCCAGCAGUGCCGAGGCUUCAGCAGCAGUGGGACAGCCUGCUGGUGACCUACAACAUACAGUGUCUGCUCCAGUUGUAGAGACCAGUCAGCAGUCCAGCAAGCUAGCGGAGCCCAGGAAAGAGCUGCCUGCCUGCCAGGACACCACAGGGGCUGCCAGAAGGACAAAUCCUCACCUGAGAUCCCGGGAGCCACCAAAGCCACCAGCACCUUCUGCAGACCAUGUGCAGUCCAGCAAGGAGCACCAUGCCUCUGGGAAGCAGGCAGAAGGACAUUCCCAUGCUCUUGAGGGCAGAGAGACCAAACAGGGACUGCUAAAUCAAAAGGACAAAAGCCAAGGUGAGGAAGAGCCAUUGCCAAAGAAACCAAGUCCUCCAAGACCUGGAGAGAAGACUCCUCUGGAGCAAAUCACACCUCAGGCAGCAGUCGAGAAUGGGGAGAGCAAAGAGGUAGGAGCAGAGCUGGCCAGGAGCCAUUCCUGUGCACAGGCAGGGGGGAGCAGAGCAGCAGAGCCCUCUCCUGGGGCUGUGCACAGGCUGGCAGCAGGGACACCUCUGGGACAUCAGGAGACUGGAAUGUCAGCUAUUGACUCGGUUCAGCUUGUCAAAGAGAAGUCACCUCCUGCCCCUGCAGCAGGGAUGGCCACAGCUCAGGAGGCUGCAGCUCACAGUGCCCCAGGGAUGGAGGCCCCAGCAGGACAGCACCCAGCUGCAGUCCAGAGCCUGCCUCCUGCCAGCAGAGAAGCAGCAGUCAAAAAAGCAGAUGGGUCUGCCCCACAGGAGUUUAAUGGAUCAGCCCCACAGCAGGAGUUCUCAGCCAGCGUGCCAUGGGAGGACAGUGCCAAACCAGUGCCUGCAGGACUUUGGGAGAAGGAAGGAGGGGAGCAAACAGCCACAGCCCCGUGCCAGGAACCAGCAGCACCUUCAGGCACUUUGGAAGGAGGUGCUGAGGUUCAGCCACAAGUACCACUGGUCCUGCCUAGCCCCAAGACACCUCAGGAGAUGUCGUUGGAGGAAAAGAUGCAGCACAAGAACCUGGUUUCCUCCUUGAAGAACUACCUGCUGCUGCUUUUGAAGAUGUCAGACAGCGGCAAAGAUGCCACCAAAGAGGCCCCGGAGCCCAGCGCCCAGGAGCAGCCCGGGGCAGAGGAAGCCCUGCCGCCAGAGAUAGGCAUCGCAGGGCUGAGCCCCCGCACGUCGCGGAGGGUGCUGGAGAAGGUGCAGAACAAUCAGCUCCUCCAGACGGCAGAGAGCCUGCCCCUCACUCCCCGCACGUCCCGGCGCAUCACGGGCAUGAUCAACCAGGAGCUGCUUACCAGCCAGGAGAUGCUGUCCCCCCGGCCGGUGCCACCCAAGAGACGGCCCCGGCCGGCUGCCGAAGCGGAGGGGCCGCCCCACCUCUCCGUGCCCUCCAUCGUGGUGGGCAGCGAGCCAGGGGAAGGAGCCGGGCAGGCUCCGCAUGGCACCUCCCGUCUGGGCGCAGGGAGCUGUGAGGAGGGUGCCGCUGGCUCCGCGGCAGCGCUGCCCUGUGCCACGCCGGAGGAGCUGGCUUCAGGCGCCCGACGCAAGAUCUUCCUGCCCAGAGCCGCGCCGGGCGGCCAGGAGGGACAGGCAGCCCCGCAGAGCCCUGGCCUCGGGGGCAGUCCUGCUGCUUCCCCAGGGCACGCCGGAAAGGGCACGGCCCUGGCCGCGUCCCCGCCCGUGGAGCGGCGCCUGCCAGCCCCCGCCAGGAAGAUGGACAUGCUGGAGGUCCCCAGGCUGUACCAGCAGCCCGCAGGUGACAGCAGCGGUGACCACGAGGUGCCUGAAGACGCUAAGCCAGAAGCACAGCCGGCAGAGCCCAAGCAAGCCAAUAACCCAUUCAAAGCCCCACAGGUGAUUCGUAAGAUCAGGGCAGAGCAGUUCUCCGACGCCUCAGGGAAUCUGAAACUGUGGUGCCAGUUCUUUAACAUCCUGAGUGACUCGAAGCUGAUGUGGUACAAGGAUGAGACCCCUGUAGCAGAAGCCCACAGGAGCGCUGGCGACGAGAGCCAAGUGGCCUUGGCCGUGGUGCAGGCGUCCCCCCGGGACUGCGGCGCCUUCCGCUGCGUGCUCAGCAACGAGCACGGCACCGCCGCUACCCACUUCCUGCUCAGCCCAGAAGUGCUGUCGGGACUGGCAUCGCGGGAGGAGACGGAAGCGGUCGGAGAGGAGAUAGAGAUGACGCCGAUGGUAUUCGCCAAGGGCCUGGCCGACGCGGGCUACUGGGGAGACAAACUGUUCGGGCGUGUGGUGAGCGAGGACACCGAGCUGCCCGCCGGGCCCCUACGCAAGGCCUGCCGUGCCAGGGCCAUUUACGGCCUAGAGCCCCUCUUCGAGUCCGGCUGCACCUGCAUCAUCAAAGUGCACAACUUCAUUGUCUUUGGGACCAAGAAUGAGAACAGCCUCGUCGAGAAGAACUAUGAUAUCACUAUCCAGGAAUGCAAAGUGCAGAACUCCAGCCGUGAGUACUGCAAGAUCUUCGCUGCCGAGGCACGAGCUGCCCCUGGCUUCGGAGCUGUGCCCGAGAUCCUUCCCCUCUACCUGGUCUACCGCCCAGCCAACAACAUCCCCUAUGCCACCAUGGAGGAGGACUUGGGUGCACCCUGCCAGCAGUACUGUGCAACUGAGAAAGAUGGCAGCUUGGUGGUACUUGGCACCUCAGAGGUCGUGCUCAAGUGCUGCACCUUCCAGCACUGGGUUUACCAGUGGACAAAUGGAAACAUCCUGGUGACUGACAUGGAAGGAGUGGGCUGGAAGGUGACCAAUGUGCGAAUCGCCACCAACCUGAAAGGGUACCAGGGGCUGAAGGAGAGCUGCUUCCCCUCGCUGCUGGAGCAGUUCGCGGCCACUCAUCGCUGUAACCACUACUGCAGCAUCCUGGGCCUGAAGACGCUGGAGCCUGCCAAGCCCAAGGGCUCCAGGAGCCCCUCCAUGGGCAGGAAAUCUGCGCAGUCCAGCCCCCAGCUGCAGAAGAAGGGACUGGCAAGUCCCCAGGGCGUGCGCAAGGCUGCCCUGAGCCCCAAGGCCUCUCCGAGAGCUGUGGAAACCAGGGAGGCUCUGGCAGGCUCCAAAGCAGGGUCAGGAGAGAGGGGCAGGGCUGGCCCCCUGCAGUAG